UGUGCUUGUACCAGAUGUCCUCUGCAGGCACCAGUGGGCUGCCAUAUCUUCCCUGUUCAUCAUGGCCUGCCAUCUAGCACUCCAUCCUUUACACUGAGGAGGACCAAUUCUCAUACUUGGGCCCAAGGACCCGGCCAGGUGACCCGGAUCCUGCUGUAUCCCCCAGCCCCUGGGGCUCAAGGACCUGGCACCCACUGUGCAGGUGGGCCCAAGGUCCCAGGCCAUGAGACCAAGGCCCUGAUGAACCCUCCACCUCCGGGGCUAAUAGGCCCAAGAUCUAACACACAGGAGGAGUUUUAUGGAAGAAAAUUGAUUGUUGCUGAUAGAGAAGAGGUGGAACAAGAAGCUGAUAAAAUUUUGGAAGAUGCUAAUAUCAGUGAUGUUGCAUUUCUUGUAGUUGGUGAUCCCUUUGGGGCUACCACACAUAGUGAUCUUGUUCUAAGGGCAACAAAGCUGGGAAUCCCUUAUCGAAUUAUCCACAAUGCUUCCAUAAUGAAUGCUGUUGGCUGCUGCGGUUUACAGUUGUAUAAUUUUGGGGAGACAGUAUCUAUUGUUUUUUGGACAGAUACUUGGAGACCUGAAAGCUUCUAUGACAAAGUGAAGAAGAACAGAGAGAAUGGCAUGCACACAUUAUGCUUACUAGACAUCAAAGUAAAGGAGCAGUCUUUGGAAAAUCUGAUCAAGGGAAGAAAGAUCUAUGAACCUCCUCGGUACAUGAGUGUAAACCAGGCAGCCCAGCAGCUUUUGGAAAUUGUGCAAAAUCAAAGAAUACGAGGACAAGAGCCAGCAAUCACUGAAGAGACACUUUGUGUGGGCUUAGCCAGGGUUGGAGCAGAGGACCAGAAAAUUGCAGCAGGCACUUUACAACAAAUGUGUACUGUGGACUUGGGAGAACCGCUACAUUCCUUGAUAAUCACAGGAGGCAACCUGCAUCCGCUGGAGGAGGAGAUGCUAAGUCUGUUUUCCAUUCCAGAAAAUAGCUGCGAAUCCCAAAGCAUCAGUGGAGUCUCAAUAUAGAAAUAUUCUAUUGCUUGAUAUUAAUUUUAGUCACCUGCGGAUAUAUCCACAUUUUUAUAAAAAUUACACGGGUUUUUUGGUUUAUGCACUGUUUAAAACAAGUGACCACAAAGGAAGAAGUUGACUCAGCCAUGCUUGGUUUCCUGCAAUGCAUUUUACCCUAUGAUGUCAUCUGUUAUUGUAGCUAUUUUGGCAACUUUCCCAGCUCUGCACAUGGAGCAGACCAAGCUACACUUGUGGAUAGGCAUCCAGACAGAAUCAUUUUAAAGCAGUUUUUAUUUAUGAAACCAAGUUACACAGGGUGAGGCCAGCGCAGUGUGACUGAGAUGUAACUGGAAUAUGAGUUACAUUUAUCCCAGCUUUAAAAUAUAUGAAAUGUCAGGAAUGGAAAAGCAAAUAGAGUAUUGCUAACAUUUCACAUACUGCUUUUGAUUUUUUUAUUUUCUUAAAAAAAAUCAGCUGUCCUCACUAUAGGAUGAGUUACCCUGAUCACAGCUGCCAUUAGGACACAAAACAGAAGUGAGACUUAAUGUCCGCCCAGCAAUCUCACAUAUUUAAAUAGUUCAGCUGCACACGUGCCACGAAUCACACUCUGUACUGGCCAUCUUAGACAGCUGACACCCUGGUUGUGUGGCCUGUGUUCUGCUCUAGUUUGGAGGUUAUAUAAUUAUUUAAUUCUAAAUGUUUAACCAGCCAUAAACAGUUGCAUUUGGGUUUUAAAUAGCAUCUUUCACAUCCAAGCAGACAAAUGAAUAGCUUUCUGACUAUAAAAUGAAAUUUUAAAGUAUU